CACAAUGAUUGCCUUCGUUAUCACACUGAUCGUGGGCUUCCCACUUGGGCAUGCUUUCACUGUGUCUCAGCCAUACUAUGCAGUGGGAGGACAGGGGCAAGUGUCUUUUCAUUGCACAAUUAAUACAAAGUCACAGCCAGAAGAAAUGCAAGUGUCUGUAUAUAAGGGAAUGUAUGGAGAAAAAAGGAUCUGCAGUGCCUAUGUCAACAUCUCAAACCCUCACAUAGCGACAAAUGGUGGAGUCUACUGCAGAGGUAAUGUAAGCAGAGGCAAAGUGGACCUGACCAUCUUUGGCUUGAGGGGGGAGGACACUGACCUCUAUCGAUGCCAAAUAGAUGUCAUCUUCCCACCACCAUACAUCAGCAAGUUUGGGAAUGGCACGCUGGUGCAUAUACCAGACAGCCCAGAUUGCCCCCCUGUACACACGCAAGCUAGGAUCCAGGAAAUCCCCGAGAUCACAUAUGAUCAAACGCUUUCAUUUCCCAACAUAGUGCUGUCUGCUAUUCUCAUAACCACCACCAUCACCCUUAUUCUACAGGUAAUGAAAAUGAUCCUGACACAACGGAAAUCCAAUCACGUGAUACAAACACACGUUUCACAGAAAGGCGAUUACAGGAACUUUUGGUGAUAUCAAAUCAACAAAUCAAAUCAACUUUUAUUUCUAUAGCACAUUUAAAACAAAACAAGUUGACCAAAGUGCUUUACACUCCCAAAAUUACAAAACACCAAUGCAAACAUACAAUAAAACACACAAAACUCAUCACUAUUCAAUCUCCAUGCAUCUAAGGACAAUUAUAUGUAUGUAUGUACAAUACUUAUCAGUGAUAUUCAUCUGAGUCUGCAUUACCUAAGAAUUAAACUAUUAUACUAUAAUAGUAAUAAAUUACCGCUAUUUUCUGUUUUAUCUGAAGGUAGAUAAAUAAGUCAGCUUGUAGCACAGCUUCCUGUGCAAUUUCUUUCUAAUUUUCAGUGGAAAAGAAACAUUACAUGUUUCCUAUGGAAGUGUAACCAAUGUUGAAUAACUGCCUCUCA